ACGUCAUUGCCCGCUCCGGAAGCAUAUGAACUCGUGUGGCGCGAGAUAUUACGAAUAGUAUGACUCAUAAUAAUAUUAUUCUUGAGUAAUUAGCAGAAAAGGAUAUCUGAAUCACCAGAAGCUAAGCAAAAUGUUAGUGCAUAUUGACAUGGAGCAUCAGUGAAACUGAUUUAUUUAAAUUGAAAUGUCUUCUGAAAAUUCAUUGAGCCUGGGACAGUAGACUGUGCAUUUCCUAUGUCGGCUCCACAUCAGACAUCAGUAGCCAGCACCCCUCUCCCUCUUCCCACCCAUUUCUCUCAUGCCCAGCAGUCUUUUUCAAUAAAGAAACGGAGACAUCCCUUUUCUUCCUCAUCAUCUUCCUCUCUGUCUCCUCCACGGCCAUUAUCUCAUUCUUUACCACCACGGCCUCCAUCUAAAGGAUGUCCUCCACUCAGUCGAGUGUUCCACCACCGGCCUGCUCCAUGGACACCCUUGUCACACUCACUUAUAGCGUCGCCACCUCCUCGCUCUUUGUAUGACCCAUCCCAUCCCCAGACCUUUUUCGACCAGUGCUUUUCCAAUCUGGGUCUAAUUGGCCGAGGCUCCUUUGGUGAAGUAUUCAAGGUGGUGAGUCUUUUGGACGGCUGUCAGUAUGCUGUGAAACGUUCAGUGCAGCGUUUCCGUGGUGAAGUUGAACGGGCACGAAGCAUUGCUGAGGCUUGGAAUCAUGAGGGACUACACCCACACCCAUACAUACUGGGCUUUAUUGCAGCUUGGGAGGAGGCUGGUCACCUCUACAUCCAGACUGAACUCUGCUGUACCAGCCUACUGCUAUAUGCUGAGGAAACACCAUUUCACACUGGUGAGACAACUGCCUGGACAUACCUUUGUGACAUGCUCUCAGCACUUCACCAUUUGCACGCUCAUGGGUUUGCCCACCUUGACAUCAAGCCAGCAAAUAUUUUCAUUACAAAGUCUGGACGGCUCAAACUUGGAGACUUUGGCUUGUUGAUCAAGCUUCCUACAGACAUCCGAAAAAAAGUGAUAGAGGGAAAGAGAGAAAUGAAGACAGAGGAGGUUGAUUUACAGGAAGGAGACCCCAGAUAUAUGGCUCCUGAACUCUUGAGAGGGGAGUAUGGGACUGCCGCAGACAUCUUUAGUUUGGGUGUUUCUAUCCUGGAGUUGGCCUGUAACAUUGAGGUUCCUAAAGGAGGAGAUGACUGGCAGCAGCUCAGAAUGGGUCACUUACCAGCAGAAUUCAUUAAUGCACUUUCAGAAGACAUGCAGUAUAUACUACGACUGAUGCUAAACCCCGAACCCUGUAAAAGAGCCACAGCACAGCAGUUGCUCUCUCUGCCCUCUGUGUGUAAACGCAAGUGGAGGCGACAGCUUUCCCUUUCCAUUGUUGAAAGCUUUCUGUCUUUAUUCCAAUGGUGUCAGUCCCUUCUUACAGCCGGUUGGAAGUUCAUAUCUUCUCUCAAUUUGCUGUUUACCUCGGUUUAUGAGUCCGCAUCAUCCAGUACUCCUCCAAAAGAGAAAUGUGAGAGAGAUGCAGCCAUGAGCAGCAUUUACCCAGACUCAGAAAGCUCCUUUCCUGACUAUGUGUUCCCUUCAGACAGUCCCGAACCUUCUCCUACCUUCUCCAACAGAGUCCAGGCACGCGUAUGUGUAGGCAGUACUUCUACACCAAUGCAAAAUACACACAUGCACUCCCUCUCCAGCAUCCAUUCCAGCAGCAGUUUGAGCCUGAUUCAUCACAGCUCCCAGCGCAGUAUCACAGAUUCACCCUGCAGCCGAGAGAGAAGCUGGAUCACUGCUGAACUGUGUGACAAAAGUAACUUUGAGCCAAAGAACUUGCUUAGUCUCUUUGAUGAGGCCACCACAGAAAGCAAGCCUUAAGUUGUGAAUGCAACACACUUGAUUUCAAUUUUAUCUGACUUCUGAUUUGUAAGAUUACUUUCUUUUUUGUGCAGAAACAUUUAAAGGCAUUUAAACCUGGUUUGAUUAUAAUUGUUGUUUUGUUUUUUGUCUGGUGCAAAUGUAUAAUAAUUUGCCAAGAUACAUAAUAUCUUUAAAAGAAAAAUAUAGCCUGUGUAAAUUGUGCGGAACUUUUGCAACAGAUUUUAUGGCAUGUUGGCACUUUUGUCGGAAUAAACCUGAUUUGACAAUGAAUUAAAAAGGAUGUUCAGAAAAAGCAACAAUACACCACUCCUAAGUUACUCUUUGCUAUAAUAAUUUGUAUUAGCAAUCAUACAGGGUCAUUUUAGGCACUGCAGAGCAACUCCACAACCAGAAGAAUGCCUAAAUCAUUGGCCUCUUCAGUUCUAACAAACUCAACAAUUUCUCUAUGGCCUAUUGUUUCAGUGUCACUUUUGAUCAUCCUAGAACAAAGACUUUUUGUUUUAUAGAGAUUUUUUUAAAACUUCCAAUAAAAUGCUUACAUUUACACAAUUUAAAAAAAAACAAAACAUGUUUAUUAACCCUUGUAAUAUGUCUUUUUUAGCCACUGAAAAUGGCAGAAUUGUUUAUUUUACAGAUUGAAGUUUGAAUAUCCUGUGAACAAAAGACAUUGCUUGUUUGCAGAUCAGGGACAAUAUUUUUAUUAAAGAAAACACCACCAUAUUUUCCAUAUUUCAAAUAGGUUUAGAUGAGUUGAUGCAUACCUGUCCCAUCUAGUCCCGUUCUAGCGCACAGCGCCACUGUGUUAGCUUAGCUCUAUUCAUUCCUUCUGUACCAAACAGGCAUGAAUUUAGAAGCAACCAAACACUUGCAUAUUUUCCCUAUUUUAAGACGAUUACUUCAGUAGUUAUACACGUAUGGUGACUCAAAAUAAAUUGUGGCGAUGGCGAAGGAAUGAAUGGCAUAAGCUAAAUGCUAACAUAGAGCUAGAGCUAUUCAGUGUACACACUAAGACGGAACAAAUGUGUAUCAACUCAUCCUUUUGAGGGAAGAACAUAGUAAAAUGUGGAAAACCAGUUCAAUCUGAAUAUGAUUUAAUUUAAUAUUGCAGUCCUACUUAUUUUUUAUUUAUUUUUUUGGUAAGGAAUGUUUAUUCCAUGAUCUAUAUUUGGUGAUGUGAUAUAAUGCUGGUGUAAAAGCCAAUAAAGUUGCAAGUAAAGUGCAUUGUUAAAUAA